AUGACAUACUUAAGUAAUGGUGAAUAUUUUCCCUCUUUUAUGAGUCUCGGUGAUUUCAAUAAUGCCACUCGGUUAGAUAUUGCUGUUAUUUAUCAGUAUCCAAAGAGUGUUGGCAUUCUUUUAGAACAUGGUAAGGGUACAUCUAACAGUAUUGUAACAUUAUUAACUGGCGCUGACUCUAAUCCAGAUUAUCUUAGUAUAAGCGAUUUUAACAAUGACGAUCGACUGGAUAUUGCCAUUACGAAUAUCGGUGAAAAUAACUUCGAUAUUUUUCUUGAAUAUGGCAAUGGAACUUUUACAGCUCAAAUAAUAUUGCGUACUAAUGAAGAUGCUUCUCUAUCUGCAAUCGUUACUAGCGAUUUCAAUAACGAUGGUUUUAAAGACAUUGGUGUUACUAUAUUGAACAAUAGUGUAAGUCGCACUCUAUGUUCCACUGAACGAAAUUACACUGCUGUGGAACAUGAAGCUCUAGCUAUUGUAUGGGCAACCAAACACUUUCGGCAAUAUCCCGAAGGGGGUUCAGUGAUCGUCCGCUCUGAUUUCAAAGCUCGCGAAUGA